AUGGGUCAAGCACAGACGAGCACAGAUCAGGAAGUGACUCUGAAACACAUCCAGGAACUUUACCGCAAAUUUGCGAGCGAAUGUCCGAGUGGAAACCUGCACUUACAUGAAUUCAAGAGGAUUUUCAGAAUCAACAGCAACUCCACAGAAGAAGAAUCUGCAUAUAUUGAACAUUUGUUUCGAUCCUUUGAUACAAACAAAGAUGGUAAUCUGGACUUCAUGGAGUAUGUGGCAGCGCUGCAUCUUGUUCUUCGUGGAAAACUGGAGGACAAACUGAGGUGGUCUUUUAAAGUGUUUGACAGAGAUGGAAAUGGCUGUCUGGACAGACAGGAAGUGAGACACAUUGUCAAAAUUAUCCACGAGAUAAAGAAGCACAAGGAUUCAGGCGUCACAGGAAAUGUUGACGAUAUUUGUGACAGAAUAUUUGAUAUGGUGGACAAGAAUAACGACAGUCAGAUUUCUUUGGAGGAAUUUAUUGAGGGGGCGGAAAAGGAACCGUGGGUGAUGGAUCAGCUGAAGCUGGACAUCGGACCCUGCGACUGGUUCAUAGAUCAGCAGAAGAAGAAACCCUGAGUUGAUAAUGAACUUGAAUCUUGAAUCUUUGA